GUUGGCCCAGUGUGUUCCCAGCGCUGAGGCGCCAGCUGUGUUUCUGACCCCUGAAUAAAUCAGGGCCACACGGAUCCUGGCAGGGCUCUGGACACAUUUCCUGUCACGACCUCGGGGAAGUAGUUGGCCAAGGGAGUCCAGUGGGGACUUUUGGCUGCUGGAGGAUGAGGGUUCAGGAGAGGGGAGGGGAGGGCACACAUGGUGGUAGAAAGGGCUGUAGAGGGCGGUGACUCCAGAGACAGCUGGGUUCCCUUGGAUAAGCCAGAGACUUGGGAGCUUUUGUGCACCCUGAGUCUCCAGGAUGAGGCCUGCGCUUGCCUUGUGCCUCCUCUGUCCUGCCUUCUGGCCGGGGCCAGGGAGUGGCGAGCACCCCACGGCAGAUCGCGCUGCCUGUUCUGCCUCGGGGGCUUGCUACAGCCUGCACCACGCGACCAUCAAGCGGCGGGCAGCCGAGGAGGCCUGCAGCCUGCGCGGCGGGAUUCUCAGCACCGUGCACUCAGGCUCGGAAUUGCGUGCAGUUCUCACGCUCCUGCGUGCAGGUCCCGGGCCUGGCGGAGGCUCCAAGGACCUUCUGUUCUGGGUGGCUCUAGAGCGCGGCCGAUCCUUCUGUACCCUAGAGAAAGAACCUUUGAGGGGUUUCGCCUGGCUGCCCCGGGACGCAGGAGACUCGGAGGACAACACGCUGCCAUGGGUAGAGGAACCACAACUUUCCUGCACCGUGCGAAAGUGCGCGGGGCUCCAGGUCACCGGGGGAGUGGAGCCUGCUGGCUGGAAGGAGAUGAGCUGCCACCUGCGCGCUGAUGGCUACUUGUGCAAGUAUCAGUUUGAGGCCCUGUGCCCCGCGCCGCGCCCCGGAGCCGCCACUAACUUAAGUUUCCGUGCUCCCUUCCGACUGAGCAGCUCCGCUCUGGACUUCAGCCCUCCUGGGACGGAGGUGAGUGUGAUAUGUCCCGGGGGGGACCUCUCCGUCUCGGCCACCUGCAUCCAGGAAGAGACAGGCGCUCGUUGGGACGGGCUUUUCCCUGGGGCUGUGCUCUGUCCCUGCUCUGGGAGGUACCUUCGUGAUGGCAAGUGCGUGGAGCUCCCUGACUGCCUAGACCACUUGGGAGGCUUCGCCUGCGAAUGUGCUGCAGGCUUUGAGCUGGGGAAGGACAGACGAUCUUGUGAGGUGAAAGGGGAAGGACAGGCAACAGUUGCGGGGACCAAGCUGCCCACGAGGCAUGCAUCAACUACUCCAGCCAACCCAGUGACAAACAGAAUUUGGCCAGGCAAGGUACCCGAGAAGCUAGGAGAGAUGCCCCGGGUCACUGGACAAGAUAGUUUUGCGACAUCUAUUUCCGAGAUUCUUCAGUGGGGAACACAGAGUACUUUACCUACUGUUCAAACCAAGCCAAAAGUCACCAUCAGCCCACCAGGAAGCUUGAUCCCUACAAUGAACUACGCAACUUCCCCCUCUGUUGCCCCGACUUUCGACUCCUCCUCCACGGUGGUCUUCAUCCUUGUGAGCAUAGCAGUAAUCGUGUUGGUGAUCUUGACCAUGACAGUGCUGGGACUUUUCAAACUCUGCUUCCACAAGAACCCUUCCUCCAGGACAAGGAAAGGAGCUUUGGACUCACGGGGUGUGGAAAGAAAUGCUAAGGCCACUGCUUUGAGCCCCAAUUCUGCACACUGCACUGACAAUGGGGUGAAGGUGGGGGACUGUGGUCUGCGAGACCGAGCUGAGGGUGCCUCCCUGACUGGGUCCUCACUUGGCUCAGGGGACACCUAGGGGAACAACCCAAUGGGCGUGUCUUGUGCAGACUUUCAGUUCCACUAAAUGGGGAGAGAAGAGAUUUCUGUCUUGAUGGUUCAUACAGAAGUUCUCCUUCCAAUAAAUUAAUUCUCUUUACUCCACCAGACUGCUGAAUCUGAAAAGCACGUUCAUUCCCUGAAAGUGGAAGAGGUGGUGGUGGGCCUUAGACUGGUACUGGAGGACAGGGUGGGAAAUGGAAGGAGGCGUUUUCCUGGGUUCUGGGGGAAUUUGGAGAAAUGCUUAGGUAUUUUCGCAUUGGAAGCAGAAAAUUUCACAAUUUUUGAAACAUUUGUUUUCAUCAAAAUGAAAAAGAAAUGUCUAUAUUAUUCAGCCUGGGAAUAGACUGGGUUUAAAUUUUGAGGCAAAUAAUAAAACAUUGCUGAGAAUCUAGACUAAAAUGUGUUUGACUUUUGCAAAGGGGUUUAUCCAAGAAUACAACAUGUUGAGGAUAGUAACUGGCUGCUGGGAAGAGGUGUGAGUACAUUCUGUGCUUUGAGGGAAAAAGUCCUUAUACCCUAGCUCUUUUGGAACUAAUGAAGUUUCCCUUUUUUCUUUAAUCCUUUGCUUUCAAAGUCACCGAGACAGUGUGCUCUGCUAUAAAUUCUAAGUGCAGGGUUGCCAGUUUCUGACUCUAGGAGCAAAUUACAGUUGACCACCAAUCCAAGUGUUUACUGUGUGUCCUUGCCCGUGGAAACAAAUGAUUUGUGUCUUCCUUUCCCAAUGUUUGUGCUUGCAAUGUAAUGACCUUCCUCUCCAAACCACCUUGUAGACAUCAGGAUGCCGAUCCUCGCUUCCAAUUACGAUGAUGUUAAUUCUCAAUUAAAACGUUAAUGCUAAGUAUUGAUCUGAAACCUUCUGGGUGCAUUAAAGCAAAAGAAGCUUGGCUUUUUCCAAAGUUGCUAGAUUCUUGUGCCCUAUUUAAUCUAUGGGGAGGGGGAAACCCUGAAUGUCAACCCAUCUCUGUUUCUUCUCAAUAGAGUGUGUAUACAAUGACAGUGUGUGUGCAUCAGGGGGUUGUUAAAAUUGAACAAGAGUCUUCACAGGCAAAACUAUGUGAAUCAGCUCUCCAUAUAAUUAAUGGUGUAAGAAAUGAUAAAUAAAAACUUGUAAUCUUGUUA